AUGCUGGUUACCUAUUUGGAAGCCAGCCGGGACCUUUGCGAGACGGACUCAAUUCUUUUUGGCGCCGCACUGGCAGUCUCCCGUAUUAUAGGUGCCAAUCUUUCUACGGCUGGACACGCUACUGGACAAAGUAGUGCUAUCCCAGCCUGGAGAAUAAGAAUUGAAGAACGUAUCGCAAAGGCUAGGGCCCUCAUCGGCAGACUGAUAUGCUUCAGGUCAGGCAAUACCAGGCCAAGGAAUGUGCGCACCGUCAGGAUGGCGUUUGCUGGGACAAAUGUUAGUUUGUCCCAGCCGGAUAUAAUGCAAAAACUGACGGAGCGCAUAGACGACCUGAAGCAAAGAAUAGUUGCUUGGGGAAAGCGGAUUCGGCGAUAUACCGAGAGGUCGACACGGUUCAACCAGAAUCGUCUCUUCCAGAGUGAUCAGAAGAGGCUUUAUAAAUCAUUGGAGCGACCAAUAGUAAGUGGAACGGGCCCUGCACCAAAUCAGGCCGACACGGUCGCAUUCUGGCGCAGCCUGUGGUCAGAGCCCGUAAACCACAACGAGGGCCCUUGGACGGAAGUUGUGGCGAGUCAGUGUGCGGGUAUUACGCCCAUGGACCCCGUCAUCAUAACGCCGGAUGACGUAGCUGAGGCGGUCCGUAGGGCCCCGAACUGGAAAAGUCCGGGGCUUGACGGGCUGCAUUACUACUGGCUGAAGGGGUUCAUGAUGUGUCACGCUGUGCUCGCCCGACAGUUUCAAGAGGCUCUCAACCAGAAGUCGCUCCCAAGCCUCUUCACUACUGGGAUCACUCAUUUGGUUCCUAAAGAUCAGGGUGCCACAGACCCGAGCAAAUACAGCCCCAUCACAGCGCCCCCGCCCCCUUUCCUAACAUACCAAUUGAAGUCCAAAUGUACAUAA